AUGUGUUUGGAUGUUGCAACAAACUUGGGUUCCCAAGGUAAUGAAAAUUUGCGUGGUUUAGUUGAUAUAGAUAUCAUUGAUCAAGGUAAAAUUGACAAGAAUCAAGAUGGAGAUUCAAAUUCAGAUGCUCAACAAGCUAUGAAUUUUCUUAGUGAAUCUUGGGCUAACAUGGAUAAGAGAGAUGAGAUUCUUGAUUUGGAUGAAAACACUAGUCAACCAUUUCAAUUGGUGGUUCCAAGAAAUAGGAAGCACAAUAAGAAACUGCCUGAGGCAUGCAAAGGUUUAAAGUACCGAGGACAAGAAAAUAUGGUUUCUUCUCCAUCAAUUUAUUCUCUCCUAGCCAUCAUUUCUUUACUAUUUCAUCUUUUCUUUAUUUCAUCCAUUACAGCCCAAAAUAAUGGAUUCACUGUAAAACUAUUUCGAAAACCCUCUUCCUAUUCACGUUCACAUCUCAAUGAUGUACAUGCACCUGUACAUGCCUAUAUUGGCCAUUAUCUCAUGGAGUUGAACAUUGGAACUCCACCAGUGAAAAUAUCAGGCAUUGCAGAUACAGGAAGUGACCUCACAUGGACCUCAUGUGAGCCUUGCGUAGGGUGCUACAAACAAAUCGAACCUCUGUUUAAUCCUCUAAAAUCUUCCACUUACAGUAAUGUCUCAUGCAAUACUCCUUUAUGUGACAAACUUGACACAAAGGAAUGUUCCCCCGAGAAGCGUUGCGAUUACACCUAUGCCUACGCAAGUAGUUCCGUAACAAAAGGAGUUCUCGCACAAGAAACAAUUACCUUAACAUCAAACACAAACGAACCUCUUUCUCUUAAAGGUAUUCUUUUUGGUUGCGGACAUAACAACACCGGAGGUUUCAAUGAUCAUGAAAUGGGUAUAAUCGGUCUCGGAAGAGGACCGGUAUCAUUCGUUUCUCAACUAGGUCCUUUACUCGGAGGCUUAAAGUUCUCUCAGUGUUUGGUUCCAUUUCUCACGGAUAUUAACAUUUCAAGCAAACUGAGUUUUGGAAAAGGUAGUGAAGUUUUAGGGCAAGGGGUGGUUACUACACCAAUGGUUCCUUCUCCCACACAAGACAAGACACCGUAUUUAGUUACAUUACAAGGCAUUACUGUGGAAGAUAGUUAUUUGCCAUUUAAGACUUCAGGGACUGUUGCAAAGGGUAACAUGAUGAUUGAUUCAGGCACACCACCAACUAUACUACCUAAUGAUUUGUAUGAAAGAUUGGUUAAUGAAGUUAAAAAGAGGGUUUCAAUGGAACCUAUUACUGAUGAUCCAAGUUUGGGAAAUCAGCUUUGUUAUCGUACAGACAGUAGACCUAAUGGGCCAAACCUAACCUUUCAUUUUGAAGGUGCGGAUAUUGUUUUAACUCCGAUUCAAAUUUUCAUUCCACAAAUAGAAAAAGUUGGUGUUAUUUGCUUGGGAAUGACCAAUAAUAGUGCUGAGGGAGGGAUUUAUGGUAAUUUUGCACAAUCAAAUUAUUUGAUUGGGUUUGAUCUAGAAAAAGAAGUGGUGUCUUUUAAGCCAACUGAUUGUACUAAAGAUUAGAGGUCAUACAAAGUGAAAGUCAUGUAUUUG